AUGUUAACAAGUGAUGUCAUAUUCAAAACAUGCAGCAAUUCUGUUGGCUGCGCAAAUCUCACGGCCGGGUGCUCCGGGCCGAGGGGAUGUGCGUUAACACGUGACGUCCUUCUUUUGGAUGCAGUGCGGUUGUGCACGGGCGUGCCAGCACAGUCUACCGUGCGUCGAGAUGGUGAUGAGGUUUGGGUAGAAGAUGGUUAA